AUGUCUGGCAGAGGAAAGGGUGGGAAGGGGUUAGGCAAGGGGGGCGCUAAGCGGCACCGCAAAGUCUUGAGAGACAACAUCCAAGGCAUCACCAAGCCCGCCAUCCGGCGUCUUGCUCGGCGUGGGGGAGUCAAGCGGAUCUCGGGCCUCAUUUACGAGGAGACCCGGGGUGUGUUGAAGGUGUUCCUGGAGAACGUCAUCCGCGACGCGGUCACCUACACGGAGCACGCCAAGCGCAAGACGGUCACUGCCAUGGACGUGGUCUACGCGCUCAAGCGCCAGGGCCGCACCCUGUACGGCUUCGGAGGCUAAGCUGCCGCUCCACUUGAACGCCUGACGACCCCAAAGGCCCUUUUGAGGGCCGACCAUACAGUCAGCAGAGGAGCUGGGCCCUUGCGUCAAGUACGACACCAACCAAGCUGGGAGGUAGCUGCACUUGACAGUGGCUCCAGUCAGCUCGGACUUUGACAGCUAGUGGCGCCCAAAGCGCUCACAACCCUCAAAGCCAAAAGCUGCCUCUGGGUUUGUUCCUCCAUCCGAAACGUUCUCCGGGCCCCUGCUGACCCAGGCUUCUUUCUGGCGCGCGCUAUCCUCAUUUGUGGUCGUCGGCCCGGGCUCCGGAGAGAAGAAACCGGCAGAAGGAGGCCAGCUCAGGUUUGUAGUUCAGAGAGGCCACUUGUGCCACCUCAUGGCUUUUAGCCUCGUCAGUUUAUCUGCACCACACUUCACCCCUCUGUUCAAUGGGGUCAGGGACCGGAUGGCUUGAGGGCCCUGUUCAUGUUGGAUACCCUCCUGUGACAUGUCUGCUCACUUCACAAGGUCUGAGCCAGGAGCAAAACAAAUCCAACCAGAAAGCGUUCGAAACUCCAAAGAAAUAAAGAGGCUGUGAGAUCAGAGUGAGCUCGUUAGUGCAGUUUUAAAACAAGUUGGCCCGGCAAAUUGGCCACUGGAUGAAAAGUAUUGAUUGCUGUGUUUUUAGUGUUCAAUAAAAAGCCCUCUCAAAACUGC